AUGAUUUUAUAUGUUAAAGGCAGCAAUAUUGAUACAAAGAUCCCACAUUCACUCAUUCAGUGCCCUUUGUAUCUUCGCCUGCAGACUUUCUCCUCCAGUGGAAGUGGAAGCCCAUAUCUGAAGGGAAAACGGCAGAUUAAUCCUUCGCUGCAGCCAGCUUGUCAAAGGGCUUCAUCACUUGUCUCUAUUAUAGCUGAUAUUAUGUUCUCAGGAUUUGCAAUUACAGCGAGGACAGAAACUGCUCCGAUUCAGCGAGUAAACUUGUUGAUCCAGAACCAGAAUGAGAUGAUUAAGUCAGGUCGGUUGUUGGAGCCUUACAAAGGAAAACUGAACUGCUUUACCAGGGUCCUGAAUCUUGCUUUUGAGAGCCAUUUUAUAAUGAGUAUUCGGAAAUAUUAUACGAUAGACAAAGACGGUUUCUGGAAAUGGUUUGCAGGUGUCUCUUUGGCAGAGUGUGUUGCCGGUGCUACAUGUGGUUUUUUACUCAUCCGUUCUAUUAUGCCCAUAUAUACACGCCUGGCCAAUGAUAUCAAGACAGCCAGAGAGAGCAAGUGGCAGUUCAAUGGUCUAGUUGAUGUCUGCAAGAAAACCCUCAGAUCCGAUGGCAUUGCCGGAAUUUAA